AUGUCAAAUGUUCCAGCUUACCUUCCGGUGCUGUAUAACAAGUACAAAAUUCUGGGCAAUCAAAUGAGGUUUUCGAAUUUAACCCAAAUUCAUAUCAAACCCAAACUAUUCACGGGUUUCACGAAACAAGUGGAGGGCCGAGAGGUUAAUAUAUUUCUGGGUAUACCAUACGCCCGACCCCCUAUAGGGGACCUCCGGUUCCGUAAACCUGUCCCAAUCGUCGACUACCCGAACCCAGUGAACGCCACCUCGUGGGCCAACCCCUGUCAACAGUCGACAGCGUUAUUGCAAACGGUAUUCAAAUGGGGUCUAAAUAACGCCAACUUUAACGAGGAUUGCCUGUACUUGAAUAUAUGGGCCCCCGGUUCCGGUAGUACUACCGGUGCUACGAAUGGAGGUCCUAAUGGGGGCCUUAAACCCGUGUUAGUUUGGAUACAUGGAGGGGACUAUUACGCCGGUGCCGCCAACUCGCAGCUAAUUAAUGGUGAGGUAUUGUCGGCCAAAAUGGACGUAAUUGUCGUGACGUUUAACUACCGGUUCGGUUGGUUUGGGUUUCUCUACGCGGGAACGGACGACGCGCCCGGAAAUGUCGGGCUCUGGGAUCAGGCGUUGGCCCUAAAGUGGGUCAAUGAAAAUGUCUACUAUUUUGGUGGUGACCCUAAUAGGGUCACCAUUGCCGGUGACAACUCGGGUAGCAUAUCGGUGAGCCUGCACCUACUGUCCCCCAUCACGCGCAACCUCUACCGGAACGCCAUAAUGAUAUCCGGCGGACCCCUACGGGACGUAUACCUGCAUAAGGAUAAGGCCCGAGAUAUGUGGUCAGCGGUGGCCGUCGGGCAGGGCUGCGGCGACGGGUUUCAGGCUAACGGGUCGGCCGACUGUUUGCGGGCCAUUGCGGCCCAGAAUCUGAUUGAAUCGACUUUCGAUAAGCGCCACAAAACGGACGUCAAUCUCAUGAAGCCGUACGUCAUAUACGGCGAUGAGUUUCUGCCUAAAAGUCCGGUCGAGAUGUUAAAGUCCGGCGAUUUCAAGAAAAAUGUCAAUUUAUUGGUGGGAACUACAGUGGACGAGGGCUCCAACGUACUGACCGCUACCGUCGACUCCCAGAAGUACUCCCAACACAACCCCCAAAAUCUGUCCAAAUCGGAGGCCCGGCUAGAGUUGGCUAACAUUUUCCGUCGAUUUCUACCCCACCUAUCGGUCAACGCGGAGGACAUAUACCGUCUGUACGUCAGUCACGUGCCGGAGACCGACUACCCGGCCAUACGUCGUGCGAUAGGCCGGGCGAUAGGGGACUAUCUCAGCACAUGCCCGACCCUGUUGUUUGCCAACGGGGUCAGUGGACAGGGAGAUGUGAACACGACUCGCGUGUUUCAGUACGUAUGGUCUGUCAAGUAUGACAGCCAGGGCUGGCACGGGUCGGACCAUGGGUUGGACAUAGGGUUCAUAUUUGGCGCCCCUUUUAGGGACACUUAUGUGUCCAACGCUAGUGAUAGUCAACUGUUGAACGAACGGCGCGUAUCGCUCAGCGCUAUGGAAACGGUGGCCAACUUUGCGAGAUAUGGCAAUCCGGGCAAACAGGAGGGCAUUGAAUGGCAGCCAUAUUACGCGACUAAAAAUAAAGACAUUAUAAACCCGUACUUCGAGUUCACGCGCCGUUACUUCAGUGACAGUCCGUUUGGUGUGGGAUUCAAAUACGAGUGCAACCACUUCUGGCAUAAAUAUGUGCUGGCUAACUGA